UGUGGACAUGGUGGAUGGAAACGAACACUACACUUCCCAAGAGUCUCAGCGAUCUCGUGCUCUGUUUGCCACAGGAGUUCAAUCUUCAAAUUUUCGUUUCAUGAUACCCAUCAUUAUCUAAAAACAGUUCGUCGUCGCUGCCAUGGCGGAACCUGCAGCUUGUCCGCCUUUUCAGUUGGGAAGACCUCGAUAUGAUCAGAGCACAUUUCUGGGGAGGCUGAAGCAUUUCAUUGACAUCAUCGAUCCCAGCACACUCUUUGUGUCUGAGAGUCGAUUAAAUGACUGUGUGAAGCUACUGGAUGAUUAUAGGAAUGGUAAACUUUCCCCAGGAAUAACUGACUCACAGCUUUGGGAAGCACAAAAAGUCAAACAGGCUAUCAUUCAUCCUGAUACAGGGGAAAAGAUCUUUAUGCCUUUUCGCAUGUCAGGCUAUGUCCCAUUUGGAACACCAAUAGUUGUGGGCCUUCUCCUUCCUAAUCAAACGCUGGCUACAACUGUUUUUUGGCAGUGGUUCAAUCAGAGUCAUAAUGCCUGUGUGAACUAUGCAAACCGCAAUGCCACAAAGCCCACACCAACUUCCAAGUUUCUGCAAGGCUACGCUGGAGCUGUCGGUAGCGCUGUCUCAAUUGCAGUGGGGCUUAACAUACUGAUCCAGAAAUCCAGCAAAUUCAGUCCGGCAACUCGUGUCAUUAUUCAGAGAUUCGUCCCCUUUCCUGCUGUUGCCAGCGCCAACAUCUGUAACGUGGGACUGAUGAGGCAUAACGAGCUCUCGGAGGGGAUCGACGUGCUGGACAACAAUGGGAACGUCGUGGGUUCGUCCCGGAUCGCUGCCAAACACGCAAUAAUGGAGACAGCCUUUACAAGAGUGGUUCUACCGUUUCCAAUCUUCGUCCUCCCACCAAUGAUAAUGGCCUACCUCGAAAAGCUGCCACUGCUCCAGGCUCACCGCAGGCUGAUGCUGCCCAUCCACAGCUUUGUGUGUCUGGCUGUGUUCGGCCUGUCCUUGCCUUUGGCUAUCAGCCUGUUCCCACAGAUGUCUCAGAUUGAGGUGUCUCACCUUGAGCCAGAGAUUGCCAUGGCGACGGAUUGCAAGGUAGUGACCUACAACAAGGGACUGUGAGGAGAGGAGAAGGCAGCGAGUGGAAUGCACAUGAAGGCAGCCAGCACCUGAUGUGUAGCCAAUCACAAAUGUGAAUCAAACCACUGGCAAAGUGUAUGCCUGCCACUUAUGGACAUUGCUCACAAAGAGGAGUUGUGUGUAGCCAUAAAGCAAUAUUAAUGGAAAACCUCUGCUGUCUAUAAGUUAUAAUCCAGGGUCUUAAUUGCACUGACAUAAUCGUCUAACAAUAAACCUCUAACAAACUAAAAGGGAACAAGCAUAUCUCUAAUCUUGCUUCUAUUUUGAUAUCGAUUAAGUACUGUAACCCUAACAGAGAUUCAUGCGUUUUGAGAAUGGACAUUGUUAAGUGGUUUCAUUCUCCCUACUUGUUUUGGGACUAAUUUCUAUUCAUUUAUACAAUGAUUUGGGGAAAAUCAAUGAUAAUAUGUAAAAACAUUGCAUGGUCUAAAACAUCCUUGUACAGACAAUGUGCUUUUAUCUGUUGCAUACUAUUACUUUAUAUUCUUAUUAAAUGUAGCUUAAAUUAUGACAUUAUUUAUUGUGUUUUGAUGACCAAUUAAUUUAAGUGCAGCUAAUUGCUUGCAAGUGAAAUGCUUUGAGUUCAAUAUGCAUCUGUUGAGAACGCUGUAAAAUAAUUAUUGCAUAAUUGUCAUUAACAUUUUGUAACAAAAAUCUAUCAUCUAUUAAUAUUUAAAUACAGUAUGUUGUAUUGAUAGUUAAUGCUGGUAUUGCUAAUUUUUAAGCACUGGGUGAUAUUUGCAAUGCAAAUACAAUACGCCUGAAAAUAAUACUGUAAUGCAAAAUAAAAUUGAAAAUCGA